AUGAGGAAGUGCCCCGGGAAGGCGAAGCGCAGCCGGGAGGACAGCCCCGACAGGACGUGCAUCACGCUGGUGCGGGCGACACUACUGCCCAUCCUGAGUAUCGACAAAAAUGAAAAGACGAAGACGACACUGUUCCAUCCCUUCAAGAGCCCACUCCCAGGGUUCGUUAGCGAUAAAAAUCUCUACGUUCAGAAAACCCUAGGCGCAAAGGUCAGACGCACAGGAUGGAUAAAUUUAACGAAGAAUUCAAUUCCAAGGAGAUCGGACGAAACGGAAAUAAAUGAACAGAAGAAGGAAAACGAAAUAAAAAAUGAGUUUAUACCACUAAUCUUGUACGAGGAUGAAAAGAACAAAGUAGAAGUAGAUCCCAUUUUGGCUCAGUUCCUUAGGGAACACCAACGGGAGGGAGUCACCUUCGUCUUUGAGUGCUUAAUGAAUUUAAGAGAUGACAAAAUAAGUGGUUGCAUUCUGGCAGAUGACAUGGGGUUAGGAAAAACUCUCCAAAGUAUUUCAGUAUUGUAUACUCUGCUAAAACAAGGAAUUGAUAAAAAGCCAGCUGUUAGGAGGUGUCUAAUUCUAUGUCCAGCUAGCUUAAUUAAUAAUUGGAAUGAUGAAAUUAACAAAUGGCUACCUGGUAGAUGCAACGUGACAUGUGUUAAUGAUAAUGCAAAGGAAAAAAUUGUGAGCAAAUUGGAAGGAUUCAAGUAUGACCAAAAAUCAACAGUCAUCAUCUGCUCAUACGAAUGCUUCCGUAUCAAUAACGAAUCGCUAGAUAAGUCCACAAUAGACAUGAUCAUAUGUGAUGAAGCACAUCGAUUAAAAAAUGACAAGACAAAGACCUACAUGAGCAUUUACAAAUUAACUGCUCGGAAAAGGCUUCUUCUUUCUGGUACCCCAAUACAAAACGAUUUAAGUGAAUUCUUUGCUCUCAUUUCUUUAUGCAAUCCUGACCUAUUUGAUGACACCAAUUUGUUUAGGAAGAAAUAUGCGAACCCGAUUUUGAUUGGGAGAGACAAAGAUGCAACGGAGAAAGAACAAGAAAUUGCAUCGGAGAGACUAGCAGAACUGUCAACAAUUACAAAUAAAUUCAUCCUGAGGAGGACAAACAAUUUACUCUCCAAAGUGUUGCCUGUAAAGUACCUAAUUAAUAUUUUCAUUAAGCUGAAUCCUAUCCAGGAAUCAUUGUAUGUCCUUUUUUUAAAAGACAAGAAAAUAUUAAAAAAUGAGCAGAGUACGAACAAGGUGAAUGUCCUCAUUAAUAUAAAAAAACUGGAGAAGAUUUGCAACCACCCGCUGCUGCUUAAUGCUAACGAUAUGAAGGACGUCGGGCAGGUGUCGCUCGCUAGGCUCAUUGAGGACGCGGCGAAGGAGCAGCAGAAGGAGCAGCAGAAGGAGCCAGGGCGCGGCGCCAAGCGGGGGAAUGCAGGCAGAGGAGGUAACGCAGCCAGUGGUGGCAGCGGAGGCAGUGGAGGCAGCGGAGCCGCGGCGGAGAAGACCCCCCCGGAAGGCAACCCACAGAGAGACCGCGAUCAGGACCGGGACCGAGACCGCCGAAGGGCUGUCGAAAUGGACUACGACAAACCGGUGAAGAAGCUCCUAGAGGAAUGCAGAAGAGACACGCACAGGUCCUACUACCACAUGUCGUGCAAGUUCCAGUUGCUCCACUUCCUCCUAAAAACAAUCAAACAAAACACCACAGAUAAGGUAGUCAUAGUAAGUAAUUACACACAAACACUAGACUAUAUGGAAAUACUAUGUAAAGAAAAUUUUUACAAAUUUGUUCGACUAGACGGAGGAAUCAGCAUCAAAAAAAGACACAAGGUUAUUAAUGACUUCACACACUCAUCGGAUAUUUUUAUUUUUCUUCUUUCGUCUAAGUCCGGAGGGUGUGGUAUCAACCUGAUCAGUUCGAAUCGCUUGAUUCUGUUGGACCCAGAUUGGAACCCUGCCAAUGAUAAGCAGGCUCUAGCGAGAGUGUGGAGAGAAGGACAGAAGAAGAUCUGCUACAUCUACAGACUCUUCUGUACAGGUACCAUUGAUGAGAAGGUCUAUCAGAGACAGAUAAGCAAAGAUGGACUCUCCUCUAUGAUUGUUACCAACACGAAUUUAUCCAAAGAUCAACUCUCCGAUGAAAAU